AUGGCUGAACGCAGCGCCCCCAAGCCAUCUGCAAGCCUCCGCCUGGGAUCUACCGCCCCAGACUUCAACGCCGUCACCACCAAGGGCGAGAUCAACUUCCACGAGUUCAUCGGCGACAACUAUGUCAUCCUCUUCUCCCACCCAGACGACUUCACCCCAACCUGCACCACCGAGCUUGGAGCCUUUGCCAAACUAGAGCCCGAGUUCACUAAGCGCGGCGUCAAGCUUAUUGGCCUGUCUGCAAACGGCCUCAAGUCUCACCAUGACUGGAUCAAGGACAUCGACGAGGUCACCGGCUCGCACCUCCAGUUCCCCAUCAUCGCCGAUGCCGACCGCAAGAUCUCCUACGCCUACGACAUGAUCGACUACCAGGACACCACCAACGUCGACGAGAAGGGAAUGGCCAUGACCAUCCGUUCUGUCUUCAUCAUCGACCCCAAGAAGAAGAUCCGUCUGAUCAUGAGCUACCCAGCCACUACCGGCCGCAACACCGCCGAGGUCCUCCGCUGCGUUGACGCCCUGCAGACCACCGACAAGAACGGCGUCAACACCGGCAUCAACUGGAACAAGGGCGAGGACGUCAUCAUCCCCCCAUCCGUCACCACCGAGGACGCCCAGAAGAAGUUCGGCGACAUCAGGGUCGUCAAGCCCUACAACUAUAACUUCGCCUUCGAGUUCAUCAUCUAUGUGAUAUUGGCUAUCGGAGCUGUGUGUCAGCCAGGCCCAUCUCCCGGCGCAAACCCACUCGGCGCCGUUUCAGAUAACCCUAGGGUUCCUGGUACACCACCGGGUUCGCCCACUUGGUUCGACCAGGCUGCGCUCUUUGUCUUCGUCUUUUUCUCGCUCCUGGGAACUGCAUGGAUACGUCGACCAGCACACCUUACGCUGUGGAAAUCGAUUGGUAUCGGCACGACCGCUGACUGGGUACUAUUGCCUGGGUUGCUGGGAGGUGACUCGACUGAGUCGCCGUCCUCGCCGUUGGGCUUGGGACCGGGCUCGAGACCGUUUAUCUCCUCGCCCUUGUUCAAUGCAAAUACGAAUGCAACGCCCGACGCAACUGCAAAUUCAAAUGCACCUUACUCAUACUCGCACUCAUACUCGCACUCAUACUCAUACUCACAUUCACACUCACAUUCGCGCUCGAGCCGCUUCGCAUCUGUGAAGAAAUACUUUCGAGCUGAGCUGACUAGGACUAGGAGCAGGAGCAAAAGUAAGACGAGGAACGAUAGCGGGACAAGGGACGACGAUAGCAAAUUUAGAGACCCUGAGAAUAGGACCUGGGACGACGAGAUCAAAAUUAGAGGCGAGAACGAGGACAGAAGCGAGAGCAAGGACAGGCAUCGUUCGACUAUCGCGUCACAGAAUCCAUCGCAGACUUGGUUCAGCGCAGACUCGUCGCCCGAGGUACGGUCACCAUCGAUACACUGGCAUUCAAGUCUCCCGCCGCCUACACCUCCUUCGCAACGCCAGACAGAACUGUUCCCUCUGCCUCCGCUGCGGCUACGGGGGUCAUCGCUUUCACAGCCAGAGAAACGGGCAACCGCCAUAGAUAUACCACCGCCGCGCUCGCCGCUACUGUCACCACCACUCUUAUCUCCUACCAUCUCGAUCGACCCUUCAAUACUCUCCCCGACUUAUGGACGCUCGCAAGAACAGAUACAAAUCCCACCGAACAACUCAUAUCCGUCAACGUCCAUUUUCUCCCGAUUGAGCGAAACUCUACCUACAUCAAUGGCUUCGACCAGACGCCCUUCCUCGUCCAGGGGAGGAGACCCAAACUCCCUCACCGGCAGCAGCCUACCCUUACACACGCAUUCACAGUCCCAGUCUCAGUCGCAGAUAAAUCCGCAACCGCAGAAUGGAACUACUCCGACAUCUGGCCCGACAAACCUCUCCGGCCUAGUAUGUAAUGUCCACCGCACCACAGGACGUGAGCCGCACGCUCUCGUCGGGGCCACAACUACCAUCCUGGGCGACAAGCUCUAUGUCUUUGGCGGCCGACUGCUCUCUAGGGCCCGACCCGAGCUUACCUCCGACCUAUACGAACUAGACCUGAUCAAACGGCACUGGACAAAGAUCCAUCCCACAGGCGAUGUGCCUCCACCGCGCUAUUUCCAUAGCAUGUGUCCUCUGGGCGACACCAAGCUCGUCUGCUACGGCGGCAUGUCCCCACGCUCAGCGGUAGCUGGCCAUCCGCCCACAAAUGUUAGUUCUUCCCAACAAGCUCACUCAGGUGGACAGGAUGCCCAGCCCGAGGUUGUGGUCAUGUCCGACGUACACAUCUACGACGUUAUUACGAGAUCUUGGACGCAUAUAAACACUGCAAAUACUCCGCAAGGUAGAUAUGCGCAUUGCGCAACUAUCCUUCCGUCUUCGGCGCCAUUCGUCUCUGCCAACGCUCCCAUGACAGCUAUCCAUAAUAACCCGUCAUCUUCCAACUCGAACCCCCACCAGGGCUCCAUUGGUGUCGAGAUAGACGGCUACGGGGGUGCGGAGAUGGUCGUCGUCGGCGGCCAGGAUAGCUCAAACCACUACAUAGAGCAAAUCAGUGUGUUCAACUUGCGUAGCCUGAAAUGGACAGCCACCAGUCCGCUAGGUCGAAGUUGCGGUGCAUACCGUUCUGUUGUUGUGCCGCUGACGGGAAUGUCAGUUAGUGACCUUGGAGCUGAACGGGCCGAGAAAGAGCUCGGAAAUGUUGCGAACAACCUUGAUGAGGGAGGGACACCAGGCUCCUCAAUGCUGAUAUACUCCAACUACAACUUUCUAGACGUGAAGCUAGAGCUCCAGGCGCGUCUGCCCGAUGGAAAGCUCGUCGAGAAAGCGAUGGACACCUCUGUAUCUCCGCCUGGCCUUCGCUUCCCCAACGGAGGCGUGAUCAAUGGCCAUUUCGUCGUGAGUGGUACUUAUCUCACCGCUUCCAAGCAGGAAUAUGCUCUGUGGGCAUUGGAUCUAAAGACUAUGACCUGGGGCCGGAUUGACGCUGGCGGUUCCAUCUUCUCAUGCGGUAGCUGGAAUCGUGGUGUCAUCUGGAAUAGGAGAAGCACCUUUGUUAUCCUAGGACACAGGAAGAGAAACUUGGUCGAGGAUUACAAUCAUCGUCGCAUCAACUUUUCACAUAUAUGUAUGGUUGAGUUGGAGGCUUUUGGACUCUACGAGAAUCCAAGGAGAGCCGCCCCGACUUCUGGAUACGUUUCUGUUAGUGCGCCUGCUCUGCCGCCCUCGCUGCAGCCAAAAUUCUCGCAACAGUGUUCUGGCGGAAGGCCGUAUUCCACGGCGGCAGAAAAACUGGGCCUGAUGGCACAAGCAUUCACUGAAUUAGCAGAUAUGGAUCUCCUUACGAUCGGUGGUGAACGUAUACCCGUUAGCUCGCAUAUCCUGUCUCGUCGAUGGGGGCCUUAUUUCGUCCAGCUCCUGUGUGAAGCUACCGCCGUCGCUGGCGAUAGCAUAAACGACGCAGCAACUCUUCGCCAGCCAAACACUGCGUUAAACAGUCGGAACUCUACUAUUACAAUAACACCUUCGUUAAGCACUGCCAGCCAGUACUCUACCGCAACAACAUUGGUGAAUACCAUGUCUAACAACUCGUCUUUGGGUGGCGCUGUGAACAACACCAACAACCAAAAGGACCAUACCGGACAGCCACCAGGAUCUUCCUCGUCCGCCGCCUCAUCCUGUCUAUCACGCGCAUCGAACCUCGAUAUCCCUUCCGCCCACAGUCUCCCACCCGCUGUGCGGCCUCGAACUCUUUAUCUACCACAUACAUACCUCACCAUACAGCUCUUAGUCCACUACCUCUAUACCUCCUCCUUACCUCCCGUUGGCUCUGCCCUCUGCACACCGCAGAUACUAUGCUCCCUCCUCCAGCUGGCUCGCCCUUACCAAGUAGACGGCCUUCUAGAAGCGACCGUCGAACGCCUCCAUCAAGUCCUCGAUGGCCGUAAUGCUGCUGCCGUCUUUAAUGCAGCCGCCAUGGCAGCUGGCGGAGGUCGUGGUACUAGCAUCUCCAAUGCACCCAAUCGAACUCUAGGUGUCCUCAAUGAUGGUCAUGGCCAUUCCCGUUCCUAUUCACGCUCCCAUUCCCGCUCUCAGUCGAAUGCAGCAGACUACCGUCGGCCGAGCAAUGCAACAGACGGUAUCACCUCCUUCAACUCCUCAGACGCCGAGUCCAUCGACAGACCCAAUACCGCUAGCAGCACUGCCUCUGCUUCCAGUGGAACAGCCGGCCGUUCCUCCAGUGCCCAACGGCCUGCUAAUCUCCGCAUUAAUACCAACUUUGGUAACGGAAGAAACCGUUCCGAGUCCACCGAUAGCGCCAGCAUACCUAAUUCCGCGUCCACUAAUAACAGUAACGGUGGGAUGGGUUAUCCUGAUUAUGAGCUGGCGCAGCAUGCCCAACGCGGCCGAAGUAGGAGUGGCCGCGAGAUCUGGACAGCCGAUAUCAGUAGUGUUGUCGGUCUGCAGAAGCGUGGGCUUAGAGGGUUGAUGGAAGGGCGACGCAUGAGGGAGAGAGGCGCCAGUAGCGCCGAUGCCCAGGAUAAUAAUGGCUCUGGAGUUAUUCCCGUCAAGAUGGGGCUGGGAAUUUCGUGA